AUGUUCUCACAAAAGGGAAAACCUUUAGUGAUAUAUGAUGGCUUUAUUUAUACAUUAGAACGACAAACAACAAUAAAAUGUAUUUUUCGAUGUCAAGAUCGUGAUUGCAAAGCUCGAUGUCAUACAAAUCUUACUAUGGAUUCAUUUUUGUCGGAACCAACCAAACAUUCUCAUCCUCCAAAUCCAGAACGCAUUCCAGCACUUGAACUUAAAACCGAAAUCAAAAUUAAAGCAGCAACAUCCGACGAAGCUUCAAGCUCAAUCUCGCAUUCUUCAAUGCGAUCGUUGCCUUUAAAUGCAGUUAGCAAUUUGCCAAAGGAUGAUUCAUUAAUGAGAAGUAUUCGACGACAACGUUCAUCACCAUAUUCUGAUCCAAAUAGUCGUUUACCUGACAAUUUAAGAAAAACAGAUCGUGGAGAAAAAUUUAUAUUAUAUGAAGAUAAAGAUAUGAUUAUUUUUACCACAAGAACCAAUUUAUCUUUAUUGAAAGAAUGCAAGCAUUGGUUUGUAGACGGGACAUUCAAAGUGUGUCCAAACGAUUUUUAUCAAUUAUUUACAGUACAUGCAUUAUUGACGUCGACGAUCAUUCCACUUGCUUAUGUGUUAUUAAUUGGCAAAAGUGCGGCUGAUUAUACGAAGUUCUUUCAAAAACUUUUGGAAGUGGAUGAUUUUGCGCCUGAAUCAAUACUUAGUGAUUAUGAAUCAGGCACAAUCAAAGCAAUUAAAGAUUUUUUUCCUAAUGCAAUACAUAGGGGCUGUCUUUUUCACUUUGGGCAAUGCGUUUGGCGUCAUAUCCAAGACAAUGGCUUAUCAAAAAAAUAUCAAGAUGAUGAAAAUUUUCGUUUAAAUGUGAGAAAACUACUUUCUCUACCUUUUGUUCCAGUUGUUGAUGUGGUAGAAGCAUUUAAUCUAGUUGCUGAUAAUUUCGACGAUGAUGGUGAUACUCUCCUCGAAUACUUUGAAAAAACAUGGAUUGGUGAGAAGAAAAAACGAGGAGCCGGAAGAAAGAAACCAAAAUUUAAUUAUGAAUUAUGGAAUGUAUAUGAACGUGUUAUCAACAAUCUUCCUAGAUCCAAUAAUUCAGUAGAAGGUUGGCACAACGGAUUCGCUAAUCGUGUAUCCAAUGCUCAUCCUUCAACAGCAAAACUUGCUGAUAAAAUUCGUCGAGAGCAAUCAAAGUUUGAAAUUGAUAUUGAAAGAAUUAAUCAAGGACAUGAACUAAAAAUGAAAAAAACAAUUUAUCGAAAACUUAAUGAAAGAAUGGUACGUGUUGUCAAUAUCUAUGAUAAGAAUCAACUUGAUCAAUAUUUGAAAAAUGUCAGUGCCAAUGUAAUAGUUUAAAAAUUAUUUACUAAGUUUCUUUCCUCUGCAUUUUUAUAUGUAGAACCCUUCCUUCUUUUUAUAUGUUCUGUGUACGUUUUAUUUCACUUUUUUUUUCUCUCUCUCUCUUCUCAUUUCUGGUACUGUUAGGAUCUUAGGAUCACAGUUAUUACAUAAUAAAAAAAAAAUUAUUUACUAAAUUUUUGUAGACAAUGAUUUGUUGAUUCGUUGUUAUACUUCUAGAAUAAUAAAUAUUUCAAAAGAACGGAAUAGUUGACAUAUUGGAAAAUGAAAACUGAAUUUCUUAUCUAUUAUUGUAGAAUACAAAAUUUGACGAUUGCAAGAUUUUGUCCAUGCGACUAUUUGUCCCUACAACGUUUUGUCCUGCAACGUUUUGUCCCUACAACGUUUUGUCCUUACAACGUUUUGUCCCUACAACGUUUUGUCCUGCAACGUUUUGUCCUUGCAACGUUUUGUCCAUGCAACUAUUUGUCCGCAACGUUUUGUCCGCAACGAUUUGUCCGCAACAAUAUGUCCGCGACU